ACGACCUUAAGGUACAUACGAAGACACCCGCAAUACCACGCCAGGAAUUGACAAUAUCAGACCAGUCGUUUUUUUUUUUUUUUACUCCGCUAUAUCCACGCGUAACUCUUAAAUUGUUACUCCACCGGUUUCUAGCGAUCCUAUACCAAACAGUCUCCGUAUAAACGGUUUUGCAUUGAUAAUUGACUUUAUCCCCAUUCGCAUAUUUUGCAUUGGUUUCAAGCAGCUUCGCUCUUGAACCCCCCUUCCCUCCAAGAUUACCACUGCAUUACUCCUCGCAUUCGUCCAACUAGGUUACAUCUACACAACUUCCCAGAGCAGUUUGUUGAAUGAAUCGGUAGGGGCAAUGGACAAAGAAAACGAGAUUCUUGAUGGCAGCCCCCGGCGGCUUCUCACCCCGAAAAAACAAACUUGCAAUACAACCACCCCACUACCCCAGGACUCGUUCACGCCUCAUAGACCCAGAUCGCUCCAAAGGGCGUACAAAAGAAUGGGCCAAGAUCUCUACAAUACACCCGAUGCGGAUAGCAAUUUUGACAUCUUGAAGGAGGAUUAUGGCAAAUUGGAACGUCUUUAUGCCGAUCAGUUGAUCAAAAACUCACGCAUCAUCCAGGACCAGGAAAAGCUCGAGUUUGAGUUGUUGGAAAAGGACCAAACGUUGCUAGCGCUGGCAUCUAAGUUCAGUGAGCUCGCCAAGUUGAAUAAGAAGCUCAGCGAGACGUUGGCGCACGAAAAAGACAAUAUGCUCAAGGAGGGCAACCGGGCCCGCGAGGUUCAGAUGAUGCUCGAGGCCAAAAUCAGCUCGCUUCAGCGCAUCGUCAAAGAGAAUGAGAACAUCAUCGAACAGUUGUCAGGGCCAGUACCGCCGCUGGAUCAGUUUGCGGCGAUGGAGAAAGAGUACACCAAGCUCCAAAGACUACACAAGGUGUCGGAGACCAACUACGAGUACGAGAUGAAUGCCAAGUCCAUUUUGAUCGGCCAGAUUGAGACCUUGGGGGCGGAAAAUGCACGGUUGUUGCGCGCCUUCAGCGAGCUACAGGAGAAGUAUGAAGAGUUGAACGAGCAGUGCCUUCAUUCGAUCGUCAACAUCGAUGAUAUCGAGGAUUCGGAUCUGGAUGGCGACUUCCGAAGGGACUUCAGAGAGGGUAUCCAGGACAAAGUCCGUGGGAACAUUCUUGGUGGGUUGGACUACGACCUUCCAGACGGGUCGAGCUACCCUAACGUGCAACGCCGCUGCUCCGACGACAGCUUGGUAAAAGACAACAGUUUCACAGAUUCCAGCGAUUCAGGCAGCGAGACAUUCCGCUUCACCAGCUUGGCUGACGAAUUGAGCAGUAUAUCUCGCAAGGCAAACGUCUCGGUGGAAACCAUUGAUGAACAGAACGAAGACGAUCUACUGGAGGCGCUAGCUAACCUCGGUUCUCCCGGGUUGAACCAAAACAGGUUCAUGUUCCCCAGUCCGAAAAAGUCAAGCCAAAGCCCUCGCAUUCUCUCCGCCUCCACGCCACACCACACCAAGAUUGUACCGUUGGAGAUCGACUGCAACUUGCGGUCCAUGAAGUUAAACACCUCCAGCAAUGCUUCGCCCUCCAAGAGCUCCCCCGAAACCUUUUUCAGUCACCAGAAGCGCCACUCCCGCACCAUGAGUACGGAUAUUAUUCCCAUCCAGGUGGAGUUUGAGCCGUCUCCGUUCCAGCGUAACUCGUCUAACGAGUCGGUACGCAUGUCGCCAGCAAUGUCCCAACGGUCACAUGCCUCGUCUGUGGCCAGCAGGGCCGCUCUGGACCGCUUGCCCCACAGCGGCUCUCACAGUCGGGUCAGCUCUCACGGUGAGACCAAUCCACCGUUGGACGAAGCUAGACAGGAGAUCACCAAGUUGAAAUUUGAAUUGCAGUCUGUCAAGUUGCAGAACGAGAAACUCAUGUCAUUUAUCGGCUUCGAGCUCCAGAAGAUGGAUCCCGGCAGUGUGACCUUCACCGACGCCAAGUGGGCCAAGGGCACCGCCUUACCCCGUCUCGGGCAGAUUGAGUACUCCGACGCCAAGUUGAUCCACAGCUCUAAACAAGUGUUGCGCAACAAACGCAUCUUGCGGUCGGUUUCUGUGAUCCAGAACGUGCAGCGUCGCCGCUCAUUGCAGGGUCUCCGGGCCAAGAAGAGCGUGUCGAUCAUCGACGCCGAGGGCAACCAUAUGGAUGUGAGCAGUCUCGCCAAUUCGUCGUUUGAGGACCAGUCGGAGUCUCCUUCUGAGGAGGAAAGCCUGCCACGAACAAAGCUAAUAAACAGUGACGAACUAUUGGCUCCGAUCUCGGCAUUGCGUGUGACUAAGCGCAGGCCCCUCCGAGGGAACAAGCCUCGCUGCAGCAGCGUGGGCGACUACAGGCGCUUGAACGGAAUCGAUUAUGGUCAGAGUCCGUUGGCGGUACUUCUCCGGGGUAUUGACAUCAGCAGGGUGUUCCUAGACUUUGAUUUGGAUGUUGAAUAGUUUUGGUUUAUGGUUUCUCUAAUCUCUCCUGCUUGCUGCUGGAUCGUGUGUUGUUAUUUUUUUUUUGUGACUGGGGCUUUUCUUACUGUUUACCGUCAUAUUUCCCUUCUAUGUCCCACAGGUGUCUGCAAUGUUAUGCCUGUAUAUAUCAAUACGAAUAUGUCAUAAAUGAAAGUGUAUUGCUGUG